CACCCUCUCUCUCUCUCGCUAUCUUUCUCUCCUCCCACUUUCUCUCUCAGUAACGGAAGUCGGUGUUAUACACACUAUUAUGGGAUAUCAUUAAUGGUGGGCGCGUGAUUUUGAACGGAAAAUAUCCAGAAUGCCUGCUGAGAAUACAGGCCCAGACAAAGAUGUCGUCGUGGGCAUUGCCCAGACUCCGUCCGACUCCGACACGGUGGGCCUGGCUUCCUCCUCCUCCGCAUCCUCCUCCUCCUCAUCGUCCUCCUCGUCGUCGUCGACGUCCUCGUUCAACGUGGUGGGCGGCACGCUCCACUCCUCGUUGUCGUCGGCCUCGCUGUCGUCGGCGGGCGCGUCGCUGUCCGGCGGCCAGAUCAACUCCCUCGAAGAUGCCGGCGUCGUCGCCGCCGCGGCGACCCCCACCACCAUCGCCGUCGCCGCCGCUGCCGCCACCCCCACCAUAUCCAACGCCGGGCCCUCAAACAUCGCUUCGGACCUCACGCAGCAGCAGCCUCAGCCGCAGCAGCAACCGGCUUUCCAAGAGGCCGGCGCCGGCAGCGUGAUUGUCGUGGACAGCAAACAGCAGCGCCAUUCGCUGCCCCUCUCUGGCACGUUCAUUGCUCUGCCGGACACAGGCUGCAACGACAGUGGCCUUACUGUGGUGCCGGCUGCUAAACCAAGUGCGGCGUUUGACUGCAUCACGUUGCCGUCGGUAGUGGGUGCUGCCAGUACCACUGUAAGUUCCGCUGCAAAUUCCGCUGCCAGUUCCGCUGCCGUGCCAACAGUGUCCGCUGACCUGGGUAACCUUGUUAUUAGUAGUAACAGUAGUAGCAACAGGCCGAUGUCGAAGGCUGCUGUGACGCCCACUGCGACAUAUGUUGUCGCAGUGGGGCCUUCAGAUGUGGCUGUUGGUAUGCCCCAUGCUAACAAGACCCUGCUCACUGCUGCGACCCCUUCUUCUACGGCGGCUGCGACCACCAAACGCUCGUUGAUCGGUACUUCAAACAUGUCACCUGUACUUGCGAAGUUCAUCAUCACCACACCAUCGGGCAGUGCCACUGUUGCCACGAAGAAUUCCUCUUCUUCUUCCUCGCUUGACCACCACCUCCAGCAACAAGCGAUACCGUUGCAGGUCCAGGGACAAAUGAUGACGCUCACGUCCCUCGUCCCGGGGCUGACGGCCGUCGCCGGCCAAGAACACGGCUCGCAGAACCCAUCGACGCCCAAGACCAUCACCAUAACCCCGCAACAAACAAUCAUGCCGUCGCUGACGACGGGCGGCCCCACGCAGACCGUUGUCACGGCAAUGACGCCCGCCGGUGCUGGAACCCCUACGAAAUCAACAGCGCUGCAGAUCAGCAAAGUGCCACUGUCCCCCGCGAAGACCCCGACGAAAAUCACCAUGAUCCCCGUUUCCAUGUCCAAGUCCCCUUCCUCAUCUGCUGCCUCAUCGAUUGUUACCAUGGUAACGAGGACUGUCGCGGGCAGUGAUAGGUCCGUUUUCACAAUGACCAACAACUCGGCGACUGCCAUUGGGGGCACGGUGAAGUCCCCUUCGAAGCUCAUUAUCAAGCAGCAGCCGAAGCCCUCGUGUACGCAGCACCUGCAGCUGUCAGUGGGAAACAAGCCAGUCCAGGUGGUCUCCUAUUCGCAGGCCCCGGCCACCCUCCGGCAGGUCGCCGUCUCAACGCCUUCCAUUCAUCACACAGUCUCGGAGAAUCUCCAUUAUGUGAGGUUGGUCACGCCAAACACGCAGCAAGCAAAGACCACAACAGUGUCGAAAAGCAACCCAGCGGUCAGUCCCAUGCUGCAGACUCAGCCAAUAGUUCCAGCCACUGGUUCCUCUACCAUUCAGUCUCAGACAACACCUUCACAAGUGACCAUUACCCUCCCUCUGCCGACAUCAAUUCCAGGAGUGCCGAAAGCCGCCUCGAGUCACACGUCAUCAAACGCCCCGUCUGUCCAGCGGAUCAUUUUACCAGCCACCUCUCAGCUCUCCCUCCGCUCCUCCAACACUUCUUCCACGCCGUCAAUUGUCCCCAACUGUGGACCGGGCACCACCCUCACGCAGAUACGACCGAACCUGCCAACAGCCGGUGUUGGUGGAGGCACGAGUUCUCCCCGACCACCAACCCUUGCGCAGAUCCUGCCUAGCACAGCCCUCAUUCCGUCGGGUAACACAGGGCAAAGUUAUGCCAUAACCACGUUGAUUCCUCAGAAUUCCAAGAGUCCAGCUGUGGUCAACGCUCAGCUGAAGCAGGACUUCAUCCCCAUCGCUAGCAACAAUCCAGUCGUCACUGCCAACACACUGGCACGGAAUACAAUCAAUGGGACGAACAUUGAAGCCACCGGGGCAAGACCUAGGAAACCUUGUAAUUGUACAAAAUCUCAGUGUUUAAAGCUGUAUUGUGAUUGCUUUGCAAAUGGUGAGUUCUGUCACAACUGCAACUGUACGAACUGUGCUAACAACCUGGAACACGAAGAGGAGCGGUCCCGCGCCAUCAAGGCCUGCCUCGAUCGCAACCCUCUGGCUUUCCACCCAAAGAUUGGUAAAGGUAAAGGCAAAGACGGUGAUGGCGAUCGGCGCCACAACAAGGGCUGCAACUGCAAACGGUCCGGCUGUCUGAAGAAUUAUUGCGAAUGCUACGAGGCAAAGAUCAUGUGCUCAAGCAUCUGCAAGUGUGUUGGUUGUAAGAAUUUUGAGGAGAGCAUGGAACGGAAAACGCUCAUGCACCUUGCAGAUGCAGCAGAAGUACGCGUGCAACAACAGACUGCAGCCAAAAGCAAACUCUCUUCCCAAAUCUCCAGUUUACCAUCACGGCCCCCGAUGUUUGCCGCCACCGGAGAAAAGUUGCCUUACACGUUCGUAACAAGUGAUGUGGUGGAGGAGACGUGCGUCUGCCUGAUGGCCAGAGCUGAAGAGUCUGAGAAGCUGAAGCUGCCCACCGUCGUCCAGGAACGGAUGGUGAUUGAGGAAUUCGGUCGAUGUCUAAUGAGAAUCAUUGAUUCGGCGCAUAAAACAAAAGUUCUGGCUGAUGUCUCUCUCUGAAGAACCAGCAAAG